UUAGGACAGCCGUUAGAUCUGCCACUGUUUAGAUAAAUUGAGACCCCACAAGGGUGUGUUCAAACUGUUCAUCACAUAUGCAAAUUAUUGAUUUCAGCAACCUAUGUUGUUUUUUCCAGACUGAAAUCUUAAAACCACACUGACACAACACCAGCUGAUUUUAGCUUUGUCAAUGCACACUAAAGUUCCCUUUUUCAUGAAACUGGAUCUUAGGCAUGGACUUGCUUCAUAAACAUAUUUGUUUUGCUCGUGAAUUCAGGCCAUGGAAGCAAUACUUUCUCAAAGUAAAGAAGACCCUGGAAUUUACCUGGUCUGCCUAUUCAAAACCAACUCCAAACAACACUGCUGAAUUUCUCACGCUACUUCUACUGUGUUUUAGCAUUGCUGUCAUAACUGGGGGUCUUUCGUUCAACUGGAUGUUUUACACUUUAGGGUUAGAGUACUGCGCUUCUGGUGUGACUGCAGGGAUUUACAGUAUCAUGGCCUUUCUUCUCCUGUUUUUUGUACACCCUGUGCGCUGUAUGUUUACAAUGAUAAUCCCCACAUUGGGCACCAAGCAAGGCAGCAAAUUAAUAAUUUCAACAUCAGUGAUGCUCAUAGCACUUAAGGUUAUUCCAAACAUGGUCACUAACAUUAAUGUUAUAAUGUACACUUUGAAAUGCAGUGCGAGUACUUCAGCUGAAAAUGUGAUCAACUCAACUGAGUUGUUGAACAAUGCCACAAAGGAAAUAGGCCAGGAAGUUCUCAAAAUUAAUAAAGAAAUGCAAAAUGUGUUUAAAGCCAGUCUGGGAGAUUUUGACUUAGCUGCAAAUGUCAAUGUUUCUGAAAUCAGAAAGGAGUUUCACGUUGUCAGCCAACAGGUCGCUAAUGACUUCUUGUUGGCUAAAAUGGUGCUUGAAGAAACCAAACUCGUUACCAGUAGACUUCUCGCUGGCCUUUUUGUCCUAUGUCUGCUUAUAGGUUCAUCCUGGUAUUUAAAAGGCUACCUUACCGAUAUGAAGUUUGAUAACGUCUACAUCACUAAGCAACUGGAGCACUUAGCCAGAGAGAAUGGAAGACGUAUCAUGCCUACCGCAGGAUUAAUCAACUCCAGAGGUUUCAAAAUGUCCCGUCGUGAAAGUUUUAGAUGUCUGGUUCGUCUGGCAGUCAUCACUUUAUAUCUGCUCCUGAUUAUAAGUGUCAUCGUGGCAGACCGGAUUGUCUUCAGUUUUAUUGUAACCAGUGCCCCCUGGCUUUAUGACUUCCCAGUGAUACCCAUGACCAUUAGAGUCACAUACUCGGCUGAAUUGAUAUUGGGUUUUAUUACCAUCAAAAAAUAUAGUUUCCAAAAGGAUUAUCACUGGAACUUUACCCUUACCUCCAGACACUGCAUAACGGAACCAUCCGAACCUGACAGAGACAUCGCCAUCCUGGUGGGAGCCCUUUACCUUCUCGCCUACAUCAUGGUCAUCUGUGAAAUCUACGCAACGCGCAUACGCAGAAAGAUUUCUGCUUCCUUCUUCAAGAAACAGGAAGAGAAAAGGGUUCAUUUUCUAUAUCAAAAAAUAAUAGCCAAAGAGGAACGAAACAAGAAUGACCUUCCAGUGUAUAUUAUAAAAACGUCAGACAACAAAUAAAUUCACUAGAACCACUCUCUGUUGGUCUAACUUUUAGAAAUAAGGAAGGAAUAAUUGUGGUUGGUUAUGAACUUGUUGCAGAAUUUCAAAGCAAAUAAGAAAGAAGUCUAAGGUAUUUACUGUUGUCUUAAUAGUUUUUGUCUAUUAAUUUUAAAAUCAAAGAAAAAAGUUGACCAAAUUCCAAUGGGAAAGGCAUGCAAGCCACACUAAAAUCCUAAGAUAUGGAGAACAGGUGAUAACACCCUCUAGCACAGUGGUUUUCAACCUGUGCUACGCAGUACUGGUAUGUGACAGGCCUGCAACUGGUACGCACUGGCAGUAGUUUUAUGACGGUAUGAUUCCUCAACCAGAAUACUACCUUGUUGUGAACUUUCAGAGUUACUGAUGGGGAACCACACUGUGUUGUUGAUUGUGGUGAACUCUUGUUAAAUAAUUAGAUGAUGCUGGCACAUUUUCAGUGAGAAAACCGGUUGUAAUGGGGUAGGUCUCUGUUUUACAACAGCCGUUUAAGAUUGCACAUAGUUAGUGGUACACCUGGUGGAGUCUGCUGGAAACACUGGUACUUGAGAUGAAGAGAUUGAAAACCACUGCUCUAGCACUAUGUCUAAGGUAUAUCUGGAAGCUGAAAUGUCAAAAGAUUUAUUGUAGCGAACUUAUGGGCAGCAGUGUGGAGUAGUGGUUAGGGCUCUGGACUCUUGACCGGAGGGUUGUGGGUUCAAUCCCCAGUGGGGGACACUGCCGUUGUACCCUUGAGCAAGGUACUUUACCUAGAUUGCUCCAGUAAAAACCCAACUGUAUAAAUGGGUAAUUGCAUGUAAAAAUAAUGUGAUAUCUGUAUAAUGUAUAAUGUGAUAUCUUGUAACAAUUGUAAGUCGCCCUGGAUAAGGGCGUCUGCUAAGAAAUAAAUAAUAAUAAUAAUAAUAACUUACCUGUUAAACAGUCAUCUUAACUCUCCAUAUUAACUAUUGAAUAACUAGCAAGACUAAAACAAUAACAGUGUUUUACCAACCCUCCUGCUUGGUUCUGCUAUUCCAUUCCUAUCCUCUCUACGUUAAUGAUCAACGUCACGGCCCAGCUGUCAGGGGUGUUACAUCCUAAACCCUCCCCACAUGUGUGCAGGCACGAGAGUGACCCCCAGCAACACAAAGCACACUACAGGGAUUCAUUUAGCAAGGCCGCCCGACAUUUAUUAGUUUUAAUAAUGUAAAUGUUAUUGGCAAUUGGUUCAAACACAAAAAUAAAUAUUGAAUAUUUAUUUUUAAAGGGUUACAUAUACAAGGUGUGUUACUCUGCAGCAUCAUACAGGUCUUAUCUCUGCUCUAAAGGGAUGUGGUUGUCCUAGUUCAAAUAGCAACUACUACCAGUUUGUCAUUCCUGUCUUUUCAACUGAUAAGGCACAAUUUAGAAUGAUAUUGUCCUCUUUACUAAUUGAAAGUUAAAAACAUAUAUAUUAUAUUGAAAAGGAGAAAACUCAUUAUAUAUGAUGGAAUUUA